ACUUCGCGAGGCACGACAUUCCAGACAACUGCACGAGGGAUGAGAGGGGCGAAAUCGGUUACAGCGGUGAUGGCUUUGUCACAGGGCUCAGCGCGAGCCUUUCGGACAGCGGUCGUUGCCGGGCUGUCUAGGCGGACUUCUUCGGCAGCGGCGGUGGUGGUGAACCGGGCGCCGGCCUCGAAUGCUGUGCCGUACUCGUGGGCGGCGCGGCCACUGAGUAUUUUGCGAGCGGGGGCCACUCCUGACAACGUGGAAAUCGAAGACGGCGACCAAGAGGAGAGCGACGAGAGCGGCGAGGGCGACAGGGAAGCGGCAGUGGCGGCCGAAAAGAAGGCCAUCGCGGAGGGGAGGGCGAAGGCGAAGGCGCUGAUGGACGCCACCGACGAGUUCAGGGCAAAGCAGGUGGCGGAAGGACUGCCCGCGGACACACCGCUUCCGCCGUUUUUCUUGCGCGACCUCGAGGCUAACAAGGCCAAGGAGGCGGAGGCGGAGAGGGAGAAGGAGAGACAGGCGGUGCGGUCGAGCAACCCUUACAUGCAACAGGACGGGCUGCCCAAGUUCGAGACUAUCACGCCGGAGGCUGCGAAGGAGGCGUUCGACGUUUUGCUGGAGGAUCUAGAGACGGGUUUUGCCAAGUUUGAGGAGGAUCUCGUCGACUUCACCUCCGGGGAGUCUUGGGGCAAGCAGCGCAUGCGGCAUGACUAUGCCGGGGUGGUGGAGCGCAUGGAGCGCUUGCGCGCCCCCCUGGAGUACGCCUGGGGCGUCAUGUCCCACCUUACGGGGGUAAAAAACAGCGAUCCCCUCAGAGAUGUCCACCAGGAAUUGCAGCCCAAGGUAGUGACGAUUUUCCAGAAGAUGGGGCAGAGCAAGGAGGUCUACGACGCGCUCAACUUUCUACAGGUCCCUGCCUGCCGAAGGCUCAUGACUGAAGCUCAGAUCCGCGUUGUGGAUGCAUCGGUGAAGCAGAUGGAGCUGGGCGGUGUUGGCCUCGAGGGGGAGGCCAAGGAGGAGUUCAACAAGAUCCAGCUCGAGCUCGCGGACCUGUCGACCAAGUUCUCCAACAACGUCCUCGACGCCACCAAGGCCUUCAGCCUCACCCUCACCGAGAAGGCUGACGUGGAUGGCCUACCCGCUUCGGCCUUGGGCCUUGCUGCGCAGUCCGCCAAGGCAGCCGGAGAAGAAGGUGCAACUCCCGAGGAGGGUCCCUGGAGGCUCACCUUGGACAUGCCCAGCUACCUCCCCUGCAUGCAACACCUGAAGAACAGGGAGGUGAGGGAAAAGGUUUACCGCGCCUUCACGACCAGGGCCAGCAGCGUGAGCGUGGGCGAAGACGGCAAGUCCCUCGACAACGAGCCGCACAUCGCUCGCAUACUGGAGCUCAAGAAGACCAUGGCGAGCCUGCUGGGCUACGGGAGCUACGCCGAGGUGUCCUUAGCUUCGAAGAUGGCAGAUAGCGUUGAGGCCGUGGACGACCUGACCGCGAUGCUGAGGGAGAAGAGCUACCCCGCCGCCGAGCGCGAGCUGGAGGAGCUUAGGGCGUACGCCAAGGAAAAGGGGAACGACGAGGAGCUCACGCUUUGGGACGUCGCUUUCUGGCGAGUGAGCGAGCGUCGGAAGGAGGAGCUGUACGCCUUCAGCGAGGAGGACCUCCGGCCCUACUUCUCCCUGCCCGAGGUGCUGGAGGGCAUGUUUGGCUUGGCCGGGCGGCUGUUCGGGGUAUCCAUUUCCCCGGCGGACGGGGAGGCCGAGGUCUGGAACCCGGACGUGAGGUUCUUCAACAUCAAGGACACGGCCUCCGGGGAACACGUCGCGAGCUUUUACCUCGACGCGUACUCGCGGCCGGAGAACAAGCGCGGCGGGGCGUGGAUGGGCGUGUGCAUCGGGGCCAGCAAAGCUCUGGGGAGGAGCCCCGUGGCGUACUUGACCUGCAACGGGUCCCCCCCAGUGGGGGAUACGCCCAGCCUCAUGACCUUCCGAGAGGUGGAAACCUUGUUCCACGAGUUCGGUCAUGGGUUGCAACACAUGCUGACCACCAUGGUCGACGGGGACUGCGCAGGGAUCAACGGGGUGGAGUGGGACGCGGUGGAGCUGCCCUCGCAGUUCAUGGAGAACUGGUGCUACCACAAGCCCACCGUUGACCAGUUUGCGAAGCACCACGAGACGGGCGAGACCCUUCCGAAGGAGCUCUUCGACAAGCUAUGCGCGCAGCGGACGUACAUGGCAGGCUCGGCCAUGCUCAGACAGCUCUACUUCGGACAGCUUGACAUGGAGCUGCACCACCGCUACGACCCGUCGGGGGAGGAGUCUCUGCACGACGCCCAGCGCAGGGUCGCGAAGAAGUUCACGGUGCUGCCCCCCCUCCCGGAGGACCGAUUCCUGUGCGGGUUCGGACACAUCUUUGCGGGGGGUUACGCGGCAGGGUACUACUCGUAUAAGUACGCGGAGGUGAUGUCGGCCGACGCGUUCGCCGCGUUCGAGGAGGCGGGUCUCGACGACGAGGAGGCGGUGUCGAGGGUGGGGAAGCGCUUCAAGGACACCGUGCUGUCGCUGGGAGGCGGCCGGCACCCGUCCAAGGUGUUCCGCGACUUCAGGGGGAGGGAUCCGACGCCGGAGGCGCUGCUGAAGCACUCGGGCCUCGCCACCGCAGCUGUGGCUUAGACUUCGCGCCGCCCCCUGGUCUAACGACCACGGCAUGCACGGCUUUGAUUACACCCCAUCGUGAAGAGGGGGCAGAAAAACGUUUCUUUUCCCCCCACCCGUGCGCUCCGGUUGCUACAGCUAGGGGGUGUGAGGGGGUGGGGGUCAAUCGAUGGCGUUUUUGUUCGUCCAUGAGAGAAACCCGAGGGGGGUGGGGUGUACUCAUAGUCGUGCAUUUGCGGGGGAACUUUGUUUGUGGGGCAUGCGGCGUCUUGUGUGCAUUGGUUAGGGCAGGGCUGACGAUCGCGCCUUUUGGUGCCUCAUUGCUAAUGAUGCUGCUUCGGGUUAGGUCGGAUUUCAUCUAGAGAGGACAGCGGCAUGUCUAUAUUGAUGUACGCGCACUUUUGCCUCGUCUGACAGCAAAAUACGGUCGGUGCCGCCAAGUGAUGACAGCCCAGAAGAUAUGCCGAGCUCCCCUAUACAAGCAUGACGGAUUCAGCGUGUCGAGGGACAAGAAAAACGAAACGCUGCUCUGCUGCUGUGAAGAAUUUGUGUAGACACUGUUUUCGUCGACAUUUUUCUUUCGUGUUCGGCCUCGCGACACACACCACGAGACAUCAUCAUCAGCCGUUCAGCCUCAUCUGGCGCUUGCUUCAUCGGGAGUUGCUGGCUUGUGCCCAGCGAGCACGUAGGAGUCUUCGCCAUGCAGAAAGAAAUGUAGCCCGGCAUUACCGGGUUGCACAUACGUGCGGUGUCGACGACAAUCUCUUUGUUCUUUUUGGUAGCCUUGCGGUCGUUUCAUUCGCUUCCGUGCAAGAAAUCUAGCCCAACGUAGCCGGGUUGCGAAGACGUGCGGGGUCGCUAUGGUCAGUUAUUUUUUGUUCAUUCCGUAGCCGUGCGCUCUUUUGCUUCACUUCCGUUACAAAGGAUGCCCCCGGCCGGCCACAAACGGCAGGGCUUCGGAAUUUUUUGUAGUGUUACCUAUCGAGGUCACGAGCUGCCACGCUACCGAUGAGAUAAAACUGUCGCUAAGAAAGUUAGUGGCGUGCCACUGCCUCUGUACAAGAUACAACACACACAUGUACAGGUAGGUGGGCAGCUUGAUUUUUCGCCUGCGGCUGCGCCUCAGUUGGUGAGUUCUCGCUCGUGGAAGAACCAACACAACGAACACGCGUCUAUGCGACGCUGCGUGCACACAUCACCCCAGCGAGAGAUCAGUAGCCAAUCUCGUCAGGAUCCACGCACAAGCUCUUCGGCACGUACUUUUAUUCUUAUCUCGCCGUGGGGAUAGGCGAAUCUCCUCCCAAAACCCCAAGCACACGUGCACAAUUUUUUCGCCCGGCCAUUCGGUCCUUUUAACACACACACAACAUCAUUAACAGAUUUUUACAUAUUACCGCCCACCGCCCCGUCUUCCCAUACCACCAUGAAAGGAAACAACACAACAUACAAACAGCACAGAAGGACGUACAUAUGGAAGCGAGGGCGAGCGCGUCAUGCGUGUGCUAACAAACAUAUCCGCGAAGCCGCUCUCUCUCUCUCUCACACACACGAGGGAGGGGGGG